AAGUGAGGAGAGAGGAACUUAGAUCUCAACAUAACUUCAGAGUGACACCCCCCCCACACACACACAGUGCAGGGACACAGCCUACCACCAGUCAUUUCCUGGUAAACCUUUGUGGAUGGAUUUUGGAGCAAUACUUUUGGUGUGGAAAAACUGGACUAAAAAUGGAUUAUCACUGUUCCACUAAAGCCAGAACAGCAGGUGUCUUUCCAUAAAACCACUGGCUGCUCUUCAAGAACAUACAAAACUGACAUUUGGUUGUUGAUGUGGUGGUCUCAUUUGUGGCUUUUACAAAAACAGAGGGAUGGAGAAUCUAGAUGAGCUGGAGCACCCGCUUCUGGGAGAAAGUCCCAAUGACAGACAGGCACCAGAGCUGUGUCAAAGGCCAGGGGUUGCACCGCCCCCCAGUCGACUGUUUAAGGGCAUUUUAGUCAAGUGUGAGGAGGACAGGGCCUAUCCUUCUCUAGCAUGGAGGAGGUACUGUGGACAUCCUCCUGAGCUUCAACAGCAUCAAGUCUUGGACCCAUGUUCCUUACCACAUACACUGGAUUCCUAUUACACCCCGGGCCCCAUAUGGAACCAAACAGAUUCUCUCCUGAGUAAGGACUACCUGGAGACCACCUUUGUAGACAUUCGCCCUGGUUCUGUAUUGGAGAAGAAGCUGCUAGCUGAGGCACAGGAUUUCCACAGUGCAUCCUACAGCAUGGACGACGAAGAUGACCUGCUUCCUGACUCCGAUGACUCAUCUAUUGAAGACUUCAGCGACACAGACAGCGACAGCAACUUCCCUCUGAUGAUUCCUCAGGACUACCUUGGUCUGGCAUUUUUCUCCAUGCUCUGCUGCUUCUGGCCUCUAGGCAUUGCUGCCUUCUACCUUUCACAGAAGACCAACAAGGCUUCGGCUCAGGGGGACUAUCAGGGUGCCAACGCCGCCUCUCGCCAGGCCCUGUGGCUCUCAGUGCUUUCCAUUGUGUUUGGAGUUAUAACUUACAUCUGCGCCAUCGCUGCGGUCAUUUCCUACCUGUCAGGAAAACCACCAUAACAGCCACACACACACACACACACCCAUCGUGCUUUUCACCUCCACCAACACAGAAGACCAGACUCAAUCCCAACUGAUCCUUGCAAGAAAAUC